GUUGGCUGAUAUCUCAUGCCACUACACAUAGGGUUUACCCUGGAUACAUACUUGACUGUUAGGAGCACAAGUAGUUGGCUGAUAUCUUAUUAAGCUAUGUGCUAGCCACCACACAUAGGGUUUACCUUGGAUACAUACGUGACUGUUCAGAGCACAAGUGGUUGGCUGAUAUCUCAUGCCACUACACAUAGGGUUUACCCUGGAUACAUACGUGACUGUUCGGAGCACAAGUGGUUGGCUGAUAUCUUAUGUGCUAGCCACCACACAUAGGGUUUACCCUGGAUACAUACGUGACUGUUCAGAGCACAAGUGGUUGGCUGAAAUCUCAUAUGCUAGCCAGUAACAUAGGGUUUACCCUGGAUACAUACGUGACUGUUCAGAGCACAAAUAGUUCGCUGACAUCUCAUGUGCUAGCCUAUACACAUAGGGUUUACCCUGGAUACAUACGUGACUGUUCAGAGCACAAGUAGUUGGCUAUCUCAUGUGCUAGCCACUACACCUAGGGUUUACCCUGGAUACAUACGUGACUGUUCGGAGCACAAGUAGUUGGCUAUCUCAUGUGCUAGCUACUACACAUAGGGUUUACCCUGGAUACAUACGUGACUGUUCAGAGCACAAGUGGUUGGCUGAAAUCUCAUAUGCUAGCCAGUAACAUAGGGUUUACCCUGGAUACAUACGUGACUGUUCAGAGCACAAGUGGUUGGCUGAAAUCUCAUGUGCUAGCCACCACACAUAGGGUUUACCCUGGAUACAUACGUGACUGUUCAGAGCACAAGUAGUUGGCUGAUAUCUCAUGCCACUACACCUAGGGUUUACCCUGGAUACAUACGUGACUGUUCGGAGCACAAGAAGUUGGCUAUCUCAUGUGCUAGCCACCAAACAUAGGGUUCACAUAUGCUUCUAGGUGGUGCCCCAACUGUUUUAGCCACACAUUGGCCAGAUGCCCACCGACCAUAUUGAAAAUCACACAGCAACCUAAGCUACUAAAAUUUUACAUGGGAAGAUGGUGCAUAUAGCAGUAGUUGGUGCAGGUCUAAUGGGUAUCAAAAUAGCUGGUGAAUUUGCUUAUCAUGGACACAGGGUAAAGAUUUAUGAUAAAAGUUCAGCAGCAUUAGACAAGGUUUAUGAUGUACUUGAAGAAGAUAAAAAAGCCCUGCAUGAAGAUGGAUUGCUGCCUCAAAAACAAUUCUUGGGUCAAGUAUUCUGCUUGAGUCACUUGGAAGAAACAGUCAGAGAAGCGGAGUUCAUAUUUGAAGCAGUUGUUGAGAACUUGGAUUUGAAGCAAGAUAUAUUUGAAAGAAUCUCUCACUGCUGCCGGCCGGAUGCCAUCAUUGCCAGCAACAGUCUACAGCUGGACAUCAACCAGGUCAAUGACAGGACCAUUAAUAAACAGAGAAGUUUGGGCAUUAGAUUUCUGUUUCCUGUCUACUACAUUCCGGAGGUGGAGAUUUGUCCAGCUAAACAGACAGCUGGGGAAGUCAUAGAAAAAGUGAGAAAACUGAUUGAGAGGAUGGGCAAGACUUUAUUCUUUCGCUCUGGCCACCAGCCUCUUAUUCUUACUGAACAACAACGAGAAGAAAGAAAAAGAGCUCGCCUGGAUGAAAUCCUCAACACUUCAGGGAUAGGAACGUAUUUAGAUCGCUCUAUUCCAACGUUGCAUCACGUUGGCAAUGAAAGCGUACAGAAAAUACAAACUGAAGCCUCAGCUAUCAUACCAAGCGACCUAGAAAGAGACUGCGCAAUUUGUAUGGACAGGUUACGAGACUGCCUGUUGAGUCCCUGCCAUCACAUGGUCACCUGCCAUCAAUGUGGCAAGAUGCUGCAAGAUAGACACGACGCCUGCCCCAUUUGUAGGAUGGAAAUCAAAGAAGUCGUUAGGGUUUAUCACACCUGACCCACAGGUGGGCAACACCUGAUACAGGUGGGCAACACCUGACCCACAGGUGGGCAACACCUGACCCACAGGUGGGCAACAUGUGACCUACAGAUAGGCAACACCUGAGCCACAGGUGGGUAACACUUGACCCACAGGUGGGCAACACCUGAUACAGGUGGGAAUCACCUGAUACAGGUGGGAAUCACCUGAGGAGAAUCAAACCAUUUAGUAUGUGCAAUAUUGACUCUAUAAUUGAUACAAGUUUAUCUGCGCUAGUUUCAUAGACUUCUGUCAAAGUUAUCUGUCCUGUAGCCCUAUAUAAAUGAUGUGGUACCCCCUCUAACUGAGGUGUUAGCUCUCUUAUUAAUGUGGUAGCCCAUUUU